AUGAAGAAUCUCACACUUCUCUCACAGAUUCACCUGGCGCGGUUCGGGAGACCCGCGGGAAAGGACAUUCACCACAGUGUGGAUCCCGAGAGCGGCCACGUAUAUGUCGCCUACUCGACCGGACCUGCCGAGGGCGUCCUUGUCAAAAUCACUGAUCUCCAGUCGCCAUUUCCAGAGAUCACAGAGCUGGCCACAUUCCCUCCCGAGAACGAUGAGCAUCUGGAGCAGUGGGGCCAUGUGGUUGGUGUCAAGUUCUUGGUCGACAUCCAAGCAGUCUGCGUCGUCUUUUCCCACGGAGAUGUUGUUCUUUUCCACAACGAGGCCACCGAGACUGGAGACACUAUGGAGAUUGUGGGAUCUGUGGACUCAGGAAUCUCGUGCAUGGCGUGGAGUCCGGAUGAAGAGUUGGUUAUCAUGGUGACGGGCGAGGGUUCGAUUUUGGAAAUGACGAAGGACUUUGAUGUGAUUGCCGAGAACCCCAUCGAUGUUGAGGAAGCUGGUGAAGAUGUUAGUGUAAACGUGGGAUGGGGAAAGAAAGAAACACAAUUUCACGGAACUGAGGGAAAGCAAGCAGCGCAGCGCAAGGUCGACACAUCUACACAUACCACCUCACCGGAUGACGACAACAACCACAGACUUUCAUGGCGAGGCGACGGGACAUAUUUCUGCUGCUCCUCCAAGGAUGCUCACCUUGACCGUCGUGUGAUUCGUGUGUACAAUCGUGAGGCUAUUUUGCAGACGACGAGCGAGUCGGUCGAUAUGCUGGAACAUGGAUUGUCAUGGCGGCCGUCAGGAAACUUGAUCGCCUCUAGUCAACGGUUGCCUCACCGUCAUGAUAUUGUAUUCUUUGAGAGGAACGGACUGCGACAUGGAGAGUUCACGCUCAGAGAAGAGACCAACACUGUGGUCAGGGAGCUCGCCUGGAACUGUGACUCGACCGUUUUGGCGGUGUGGCUGCAGCGCACCAGCGGAUCUUGCAUUCAGCUCUGGACGAUGAACAACUACAAGUGGUAUAUGAAGCAGGAACUUCUCUACAACGGCGAGGGAUCAUCCGUGGCGAGCCUGCAGUGGGAUGUCGAGGCUGCAUUGGUGCUCCAUGUGGUGACAGAGUCGGGAUCAUACCAGAGGAACCAGUACUGCUGGGACAAUUAUAUCAACGAGAUGUUGAGCCCCGACAAUCUCGGCACAGUAGCCGUUGUGGAUGGCGCCAACCUGAUGGUGACUCCCUUCAGAGUCAUGAACGUCCCUCCACCCAUGAGCGCCUUCACCCUCACCGUCCCUUAUGCGAUUCAACACAUUUCAUUCUCGACCUUGCAUCAUGGAGACGACAUGGCGGUUUUGUUGGCUGACCAGCGGGUAGCCUUCUAUGGGAUGGCAGACAAGACGACACGUCCCUUGCCCGAACCCAAGCUCCUGGGAUUGAUUGAGCUUGCAGAGAUUCCUUCGGUCUCUGUCCGCCAGAUUGCUUGGACCCACUCUGAUACCCUGAUUGGACUCCAAUACGACAGCGACAUUGCCACGGAUUCGAUUGUUGUGGUGAAACUGGCCUUUGACGAGGAGACCAAGGCACCCAUGAUUGUUUCAAGGACCGACGUGCCAUUGGAGGGAUUGUUCCAGAGACUCUACUUCAACCAGACCCAUGGCGACAUUAUGCUGCAAAAGGCAGACGGAGACUUGAUGACCAUCACUAUCAGCGAGGAUGAGGAGCCCCAGGUCGGAAGGUGGGUGGAGAUCCAUCGCUUGCCCGAGGGAUGUCUCUGGAUGGGAACCACCAGGAUCGGAACUGGACCAGAGGAGUAUCGGGAGAAAGCUGUCGUUGGUCUGGCACGCAACAAUCGACUCUACGUGAACGACCGUCUCAUUUCGUCCGAGACCACGUCGUUCUGCCUCCACAACCACUUUCUGGUCUUUACCACCGCCACACACUCUGCUCGGUUCUUGCCCCUGGAGACUUCGUUGUACGAUUUCAAAAUUGUCGACAACUCUAUGCUGCCCUAUGAUGAGUCUGUUCGUCGUGUAGAGAGAGGAGCCAAGAUUGUGCUGGCGCUUCCUUACUCUGUCAACCUGAUCCUUCAGAUGCCCCGCGGAAACCUCGAAACGAUCGCCCCUCGCGCCCUGGUGUUGUCUGUCACCCGCGAUGCAUUGGGCAAGUGCGAUUUCAGGACGGCGUUUGUGACCUGCAGGAAGCACAGGAUCGACCUCAACUUGCUGUACGACCACGACCCCAAGAUCUUUAUGGAUAACGUUCCUGAGUUUGUCAAGCAGGUCAAGGAGGUCGAUUACCUGAACCUGUUCUUGUCCUUCCUCAGGAACGAGGAUGUCACCCAGACGCUCUACCCAGUACCUGGAUCUGAAUCGUCGUUGAAGCAACAGUUGACAGCCGCGGCGGCACCUCAGUCCUAUGCUCGUCCCAAUAAGAAUGGAUCCAAGGGUGGCUCCUAUGGUGCCCAGGUCUCUCCCGAGCUCGCACAAAAGGUCAACCAGAUCUGCGACGCCAUUCGUGUGGAGCUCAACACGUUGGACAGGAACACAUACAUCAACUCUGUACUCACAACAUAUGUCCGCAAGUCGCCCCCAGAUCUGGAAUCGGCACUGUUGCUUCUCGCCAAACUCAGGGACGAGGAUCAGGCUCUGGCAGAGGAUGCACUCAAGUUUACAAUCUUUUUGGCCGAUGUAGAUCGCCUCUUUGACGUUGCUCUUGGCAUGUACGAUUUCGCGCUGGUCCUGAUGGUCGCCCAGUGGUCGCAAAAGGAUCCUCGUGAGUAUCUCCCAUUCUUAAACGAGCUUCGGACGCUGGAAAAGUACUACCAGCGGUUCAGGAUUGACGACCACUUGAAGAAGUACAAAAGCGCCCUCCAAAACCUGAGCCAGGCCGGCGAGAAGUACUUUGACGACUGUGUAUCUUAUAUCCGCCAGCACAACCUCUAUAAGGACGCGCUCAAGGUCUUUGGAUCGAACCCUACCAAGCACAAGGCGAUCCUCCAGAUCUACGGAGACAGUCUGUCGAUCAACGGAGACCACGAGCAGGCAGGAGUCGCCUACGUAAUGGCAGGUGACAAGGAAAAGGCACUAGAGGCAUACCAGGAGGCAGGAUUCUGGAGAGAGGCCGUAGUUUUGGCGCAUCAGCUCAACUAUGAUGCCCCUGCAAUGGCGUACCUUGCUCGCGGACUUGCUGAGCGGAUGAAGGUCGAUAAGCGAUUCAACGAAGCAGGCGUGCUUUUGGCAGAAUACGCGAAGGAUUCGGAGGAAGCGGUUUCGGCGUUGCUCGAAGGCCGACUUUGGUCGGAGGCUAUACGGACAACAUACCUGUAUAACCGCCUCGACCUAAUGGCGACACAUGUUACACCCGGGAUUGCCGAUGGCCACCAUGACAUGAUGGACUCGAUCCGCGAAAUGCAGGAGCAGUUUGACAAGCAGACCAAGCGUUUGAAGGAGGUGAGGAAUCUGAAGAUUGAGAAGGCAAUGGCGGAGGCAGCGGAGGAUAUGACACCGGAUGAUGCGCUGGACAAUGUUGAUAUGAUGUCGGAUACGACGUCGAUGGCCUCUGGAUUCAGUCGAUACACUGCUGCCAACUCUGUCCUCUCCAAGUCCUCUCACUCUUCCAAGUCAUCCUCCCAAUACACGGCUAGAUUGAAGAAGAGGAACGAUAGGAAACGUCAGAGAGGAAAGAAGGGUAGUGCGUUUGAGGAAGAGUACCUAAUCAACUCUCUCCGAAAACUUAUUGUUCGUGUCGAUGCCACUAAACCGGAUGUGCAUGCGUUGCUCAAGUGCUUGGCUUCCACCAUGUCGCUCGAACGCGCAUCGGUCCUCCAAAAGGAAUUCUCAAAACUCCUGCAGGACAUCAGCGACCAGAUGCUAAUCACCUUCAUUCCCCCAACGGACGAGUUCGUGGCAAAGAAAAAGGCCGCCGAGGAGGCCAAGGCCGAACGCAAGAAGCUCAUCCGCCAGAACCAGGCUAAUGCCCAUUCGAUGUCGCGUCACGAUGAGGCGGUCGCUCAGGCCCAGAUCGCUCAGCUGGAGGAGAUUGCCGAGCAGGAGAUUGCAGAGAUUUAUGGCGAGCCUCCCGUUAUGAGCAAAGAGCCCUGGGACGUCGAUCUCGUCUAG